CAGCAAAAACGGCAGAGAAGAAGGAAAUUACAUACAAGGGUUUGGAAGAAGAUCGAGGAAGCGAGGCUAAGCACCGUGAGGAACCAGAGCAGAGAAACAAGAAGAAGAGGAAAGGAAAAGGAAAAGGAAAUGGCAUCUGAAGAAGGAGUGAAACAGAAAUUGCAAGAAUUGCAGAAACAGCUCGCGAAGAAACAAAUGUUCGAGGACACUGUCUCCUCCAUCAAAUCUCUCCUUCUCCAAAUCUACCCUUCCGCUUCUCCUUCUCUCCGCAAAUUGUUCUUCUCUGUUGUGUGCCGGGUUGCAACUAUUCUGAAAGCAAGAUACACUGCGCCAGGAUUCUGGAUUGCUGGGCUGGGACUUUUCACUGAAGCUGAAAGACUAGCAUCCGAGUCCUCUGAAAGGGAACAUUUGCGGAGUUGCAUUGCUCAAGCCCAUGAACAUCUGCGUGAAGUAGAUAAUGAAUCCGAAGUUCCAGAGUCUGCACGAAAUCCCAGCCAAAGAUUCCUUUUUGAGGGGCAUCUAACCGUGGAUCCCGAGCCUCCACAGCCUCGAUGGUUGGCACAGUCAAACCUCUUGUCAACUGUUGCUACUCUUAUGGCGGCUGAACCUUCUCAAGGACAAACCGAAGAUAAUAACAUGUCAGAAAGUGCGGCCAAUCUAAUUCAAGAGCUUAUAGAUAACUUGGAUGAUGCUUUGCCACUGAUUCUGGAGAACGAUUCAGUGGCCCCGAGAGCACCACCUGCCAGUAAAGAAGUGGUGGCAAAGCUUCCAAUCAUCACUAUUACAGAAGAAAUCUUGGCCAAGCUAGGACCAGAUGCAGAGUGUGCCAUUUGCAAGGAGAACUUGAUUGCAAAUGACAAGAUGCAAGAGUUGCCUUGCAAACACAAAUUUCACCCCCCAUGCCUUAAGCCAUGGCUGGAUGAACACAAUUCGUGUCCUAUCUGUCGGCAUGAACUGCAAACUGAUGACCAUAAGUAUGAAAGUUGGAAGGAGCGGGAGAAGGAGGCUGAAGAAGAGAGGAAAGGGGCUGCAAAUGCCGUUCGUGGGGGUGAACAUAUGUAUGUUUAGGUGAAAUAACAUGUUUAAUUGUCUUGCAUUCAGUCAGUAAUGUACGAUGAUUUUGAUAGCAUGGUGGGCUUACCUGUUGAAAUUCUAGUUCUACUCUCUGUUUUAUAUUCAUUACUUCCUCUUUAAUAAAUUGCUGAAAAAAGAAUCAAUGCUUAAAUUCUAGUCCUCUUGUCUUGGUUUUAGACCUAAUUUGAGUUUGAUGUUUUCUUGAAAAGAUUCAGUGCAACGAUAUAUUUGAUUGGGAAGUCCAUUGGGGUGUUGUAUAA